CGAUGAUCAAAAAUUUUCGUUACGUAAUUGUAUUAUUUUGAAAUAGUUCCUAUAAAAAAGGAACGCAAUUGAAAAUGUGUCAAUAUUUCAUAAUGGGUCCACUGUUGAUAUUGUUUUCUGUGUUCGUCUGUUGGGAGGGUUAUGCAGACGCACAGGCACGUGUAGAAUACAUGAAAACCCCCUCCAUCACAGCCACACCCAUGGUCCAGCCAUGCCAGUUCGUCAUCCCAGCUGUCAUCAAACCUCUUCUAUCACCGGAACCGGAAGUUCCUCCCGCAGUACCCGAGUACCAGCCCUAUCCAAUGCCACCAAUAAUCAUCAAAGAGGACAACAGCUGGCAACAUCUGCUGUACUUUAUGAUCUUCGCCAUGAAAAAUAGAAACUGUGCUCCACCGCCCAUGCCAUACCAAUAUCCGAUGCCUGGUUACGAUAGAUUCUGUAAUGAUGCUCUUCCAUAUAUGCCCUAUCCCUUCCCCAUGCAGAACCAAGGCAUGGACACGAUGUAUGAUGAUGAACCGGAGCAAAGAGAUAAUGAAGUGACUUUAGUGAUAAGAACUGAUAAAUGAAAUACUGAAUAAAGACUGUUCGAUA